AAAGAUCUUGACUGACUCCUCAGAGUCCAACACCACUGGUGGUGAUUGGUCAUUGAGUAAAAAAAUUAACAUGAACCCAAUCAAACAAUGAUCAGUUGGUAAACAAACUCCAGACAACGUUCCAAGGCAGUAAACACAGGAAAAGCAAUCAGAUAAUAAUUGUUUUCAUUUCUCUCUGAGGUUUCUCAGCUUCCCAGGAGAAGAAAUCCUGGCGAAGGGAUUUUUCAGAAAAUGAGACAGUGACACUCCUCUUCAUCUGUCUCCUUUCUCUUGGUGACAUUCUGGGUUGCAGUGAGUAUUGCGUGAAGUGCCCUGGAAAGGUAAUGAUGGAACUUCCCCAAUCUCCAUGUGCUGUGGGUACACCCAGGAUAUGUCUUUUUCAGCACAUCAGAUUAGAGCCUGUGAAGGCCCCUCACCAGUGUGGGAGGUGCCCUGUGGAGGAGGAAGGCUCUUUGUGGCCACACUGGUAACGGGGACCCUUGGAGAGAAGAGUGAUCCUCCUGUAGAGAUGAUGAAUGGCCAAGGGAGAGUCAGUCCUGGAAGUGCAGCCCCAGCAGAAGAGAGAGGCUGCACCUGGCUGAACAUCUGGGUCUUCCUUAUUUUUGCCCUUGCAAUCAAAGCAGCCUUUGUGACCUUGUGCCUCUUGUUUAUGCUGCACCCUGGUUUCAGCAGCUCCAGCUUGCUUCCCUUCUGCCACAGCAGUGAGCAGCCCUCAGCCCUGCAGCAGCACUUCUCGCAGUGGGAGUGUGACUCAGCGGGGCCACAAGGCACAGACCGAGGCUGGACAUGCUGCCCAAAGGGCUGGAGAAGGUUUCAAGGAAGCUGCUAUUUCCUGUCCACUGAUAAGAUGAACUGUGCUGAGAGUGCAGAGAACUGCACUGGGAUGGGCUCCCAUCUGGUGGUGAUCACCAGCAGGGCAGAGCAGGAAUUCCUCUUCAAGCAGCAAAAUCAAGAUGUGAAAAGAGAGAAUUUAUACAUUGGUCUGUUUGAGAAGGGGGAUCAGUGGCAGUGGGUGGACAAGACUCCAUACAGUGUGACAGCAGCGUUCUGGCGAAAAGGAGAACCAAGUAAUAACUAUGGUGAGAACUGUACUGUAAUGCAUUUGCCUGAAGGGGCCCUCAAGAACUGGAAUGAUGUCAUACCAACUACGAAGCAACAUCGAAUUUGUGAAGCUGCAGCAGUAAUUGUGUGAUGGAAAUACCCCUGUCCUGAGUAAAGCUGGGAGCUCAGCAGGGAGCUGGGAACAGCUCUGGCUGUGCUGGGAAGGGUGGGGAGCUCUGACACAUUUUCACUGUGUGGGGUGGGACCAUGCGUGUGCAAGUGAAAUGAGCUUUGUCCAGCAUCCCCAGUGCAUGUGGUGGCUCAGGGAACACAGGGAGGCUCAGGCUCAUUGGAGCAGCUCUGGGUUUCUUGUGUCCUCUUCUCUCUGAGUGGUUCCAGCAGCCUCUGGCUGAAAAGAGAUGGACUUCUCCAGGAGGAAGACACUGGAAUGGAAGCCAGAUAUCCUGAGAUGCAAUGUCCUUUGUCUCCUUGAGCAGAGCUGUUUGCUUUUUUUUUGAAAAUGUCCUCUAUCUGUACUGGUUGUGCUGAACAAAUUCUGAAAUGUUAGAGAAGAGAAAAUACAGUAUCAGAACAAUGAA